GCCAGGUGUAUGAGCAAUUAGGAUAGAGGAUGCUGUUCGUUUCUCUAUUUUUCUUUCCCCUUCUACAGGAGUUACCGGUCCAAAGGCCUGGCUCAGGAGUGAUCCUGUGCCACCUGUACCAUCAAGAUCAAGAUCAAGGACGUCGUGAGUAACAGGUUUUCAGACCUGCUGUAUAAAAAAAAAAUAUUAAAAAAAUAGAUGAAACUUCCAUGAUGCAGAAAGCUGUGGCCAUGCAUUUUCAUGACAAUGUCUCCAAAAUAUGGAAAGUCUUCAUGACUGGAGUAGAUUCUGUGCAUCCCAAGGAAAUAGUAAAAAAAUUUGUUAAAAGAGAUGGUGAAAAACUUGUUAUUGGUAAUGCAGAAUAUGACUUAAAGAAUAAUGUUUAUGUAAUUGGCUUUGGAAAAGCUGUUAUUGGAAUGGUUAAUCCUGUUGAAAAUGCCUUGAAAGUAUCCAGUAAUGGAUCUCAUUUACAAAAGGGAAUUUUGAGUGUUCCUGUAGGAAUAAAGGAAAAAUUUGAUCUUCAUUCCUCAUCAUAUUCAAAUAAUGUGAUAGAAUAUUUAGAAGGUGCAAUGAACAACAUUCCUGAUGAAGAUGCUUUUACUGCUUCAAAAAGGAUAGUAACUUUGGUGCAAAGUCUGAAAGAACAGGAUCUCCUCCUUGUCUUGAUAUCAGGUGGAGGCUCUGCUCUCCUUCCAUACCCUGCUUCUCCCCUCACACUGUGUGAGAAAUCUGCCAUUAUCAGAAGUUUAAGUCGUUGUGGUGCAAACAUCUCUGAGCUCAACACUGUAAGAAAGGCUCUAUCAGUCACUAAAGGGGGAGGCAUUGCACAAAUGACAAAGGCAAAAGUUGCUUCCUUAAUACUAUCAGAUGUUAUUGGCAAUUCUCUUGAUGUAAUAGCAAGUGGCCCCACAGUGGUAAAUAGAGAUCCUCCUGAAGCUGCCAUUCAGAUCUUGCAAAAAUAUAACAUACAAAUUACAGAUAAAAUUUAUCAGACUCUUGAAAGCAGAACAGCACCAAAAAAAGAAUUUUCUCAUGUCAGCAACAAUAUCAUAGGCAGCAUUGAAACUGCUUUAUCUGCAAUUGAAACUUUUCUAACUUGCAAUGGAGACAUAUCAUCUCAAGCAUUAAUAUUAUCAUCAUCACUUCAUGGUGAAGCUGCUGAGGUAGGAGCAAAGAUGGCAACACUGGCAGCAGUGCUCACAAAUAUGAUUCAAGGUGAGCAGAAGGAUGACCCACUUUGUGAAAAGAUGCUUCAGGAAUUAUGUAUCGACAUAAAGAAAAAAAGCAUCAUCAAGAACACAGUAGCCAAAUGUCAGCAACAAAAAUGCCCUGUGUGGCUUAUAUUUGGAGGAGAGACAACUGUUACUGUCACUGGGACUGGCCAAGGAGGAAGGAAUCAAGAAAUGGUCUUGUCAUUUAGCAUCAGCAUUGCAAAGAAAAUGCAAGAAUCAUCCUUUAAAGGUGAAGUGGUUUUCAUGUCUGGAGGAACAGAUGGUAUUGAUGGACCCACAGAUGCUGCAGGGGCACUCACCUAUUGGUCAUCACAAAAUGCUUCUACUCAAUCCCAGGUUUUGGAAGCAAGGAAUCAAGAGUUGAUACCUGAAAAUUUCCUUCAAGACAAUGCUUCAUAUGACUACUUUUCUCAACUAAGCUCAGGAAAGUAUCUCUUCAAGCCUGGCCACACUGGAACUAAUGUCAUGGAUAUCCAAAUUCUUUUUAUCAAUCCCACUUAAUGAUAAAACAGGUGGUAGGUAGGGAAGUACAUGCAAUGAUAUAAUGUGUUUUAUAUGUGAAGUAUGUGGGGGUUGUGUGCAUGUGCUUACCCUUAGUUAUAUUUACCCACUUGUGCUUUAUGGGAAAAGAGCUAGUUAUGCUCAUGCUGUCCCAUCUCCAUAUCUUUUAAUAUCCAAUUUGGCCUUGAAUCCAUGUAUACUUUUUGCAUUUUCUAUCUCCUCAUCCAGACUAUUCCGUACAUCAAAACUUCUAUACGGGAAAAAUGUAUUUUUUUAGGUGUGUGUAAGUGCAUGUGUCUUUAUGUCUUUCCAUGUCUGUGAAAAGUAGGCACAAAAACCUGGCAUCCUUCUAGGACACCUUGCGUGGUGUAGAUUGGAAGCUCAGCCAGCGACCAGCAGCAAGAGGGAGAGGACAUAGCAGAGUCGGCAGCCAAACACAAGGAGGAAUAGACUUGGACAGCAGUAGGGAGUGGCAGAGAACUGGCAAUGGUGGAACAAGUCCUGUGCCCAUGGAUCAAAGAGGGGCAGCAGAGAGGAUGGUGCCAGACUGAGAAGGACUGAGGAGGGUGGAUGUUUGUAGCUAGCUGUGAGGCCUCCCUGUUGCUGGAGGGACAGAGGCUGAAGGAGCCUCUGUGAGGUGUCUAUCAAAUAGCUGACCUGAGGGAGGACUGUGCUGAGGAAGACAUCCUUUGGAUGUGAGGAUUAUCUGCUGCUGAAGAGACAGAGAUUGGAGGAACCUCUGUGAGGUGUCUGCUGUGGUAACAGAUGCCAACCUGAGGAAAGACUGCAUGGAGAAAAGUUAUUCUGCUGAUGGAGAGGAUUACCUGCUACUGGGAAAGUGCAGUUGGACAGGACUCAGCAAGAAGUGAUGGUGCAGAGACAAAGUGCAUAAGUUGUACAAUGAGGCUUGGUCCCCUGUACCCUGAGAGAUGUGUCCGUGAACUAGUUACUGUGCCACGUACUGUGCAUUGUAAUCAUGUCUAUAUUGUGAUUUGUAUUGUCCCCUGUAUUUUGUCUGUGCUUAGGAAAUAAACAUGUAUCCCAUGUG